AUGAAUUGUUUUGAUUCUUAUUGUCGUCAAAUUAUUAGACCACCCCGUAGAUAAUAUAUGAUCAGCGAUUUAGGUAAUACAUUUUACAAUACAAAAAAGGACCAAAAAUACGAUUUCUAUAAACUAAAGCAAUUGUCAGAGUUGAUUUUGUAUUUGAAUCCAGAAAUAUAUAAUUGAAUGCAAGUUAUUUUUUAACAAAAGCAUAAACUCAUAGAUGCAUGAUUUACUUACAUGGAAAUGCAAGUUGCAGAUUAGAAGGUAUUAGAUACGCUGAAAUAUUGGCUUCAUGGGAUAUAAAUUUAUGUGUCUUAGAUUUUGCUGCUUGUGGUAUGUCUAAAGGUGAUCAUAUUACUAUGGGAGUAUAUGAAAGUUAAGAUGUUAUAGAACUCAUGAAAUAUAUUGAAAUCAAUUUUGGAAAAGUAGAUGAAUUUAUGUUAUGGGGUAGAAGUAUGGGAGCAGUUACUGCACUCCUCUUAACUGAUUAUUAAAAAAUUAGAACUUAUAUCAUAGAUAGUGCUUUUUCAGAAUUUAGAUAAUUAUUGUAAGAUAUAGGGAAUAGAUAAUUUGGAGUUUUUUCUUUCAUAUUAUAUCUAGCUAUUCCCAUUUUAAGAAGAAAAAUAAUAAAUCAAGCUUAAUUUGAUAUCAAUCUACUUAAUCCCAUUGAUAAAUUAAAAUAAAUUAUUCCUAAUAAAAAGUUCUUUUUUGUUGCUGGCAAAUCUGAUACUCUCAUUUCUUAUUAAUAUACUCUUAAAUUGUAUGAAAAUUGUUUAAUGCCUAAAAAAUUAGAUAUUUGUGAAGGAGAUCAUAAUUCUAAUAGGCCAUCCACCACUUUAUAAAGAAUUAUUGAAUUUAUCAAUGAAGCAAAUGAUUUUAAAUCUAACUAAGAAUAUUAAUUUAAAAUAGAACCUUACUUUAAAUUUUAAUAUCCCUAAUCCUCAGAGGAAGAGGAAGAACUUAAAUUAUAAAUUUAACUAUCUGAAAUUAAAACUCCUCAAACAAAACAAUAAUUUAUUAGUAGCUGA